UGCUACGUGAUAAAAUGGCGUCUAUAGAGUACCGUUCGGUGUCCUCGUAAUUUUUUAUAACAAUUACGAUUUAAAUGAUAAAGUACUAACUAAUGUAUAGUUUUUCUUCACAGUUUUAUGUUUAACGCUUAGAAAGUUCGAAAAGCCCUCUAAACGUUUUUGUAAGAGUGCAAUGUCCGAGGAGUCGGAGCGGCAUGGCGAGUCGGCGGCGGCGUCACCGAGCACCGGCGGAGCGAGCGCCGCGCGCGUUGUGUUGACCGCGCACCAACUCGAAGCCGCUGCCGCGGAGACGCUUCGGUCCGCGUGGUCCUCGCAGGACUCGUACAUUGACCACCUCGAAACCUUGAACAAGCAGCUGGAAGGUAGCUUGGAAAAGGCGAAAGAGGUAGAAGAUAAAAUCAAACAGCAAUAUGCAGAAUCACAACAUAGAGAGAAAGUGCUUGUUAGGAGGCUCGCUGCUAAAGAGCAGGAGAUCCAAGAUUAUGUUAGUCAAAUUACCGAGCUCAAAUCAUCACACGCAAGUCUGAACGGGCGACCAACUUUACUGGAUCCGGCAGUCAACGUACUUAUCUUAAGGUUAAAACAAGAACUAACGUCCACGAAGACGCGACUAGAAGAGACGCAGAAUGAAUUAUCAGCGUGGAAGUUUACGCCAGACUCGAAUACGGGGAAGAAGCUGAUGGCAAAGUGUAGGCUUCUACAUCAGGAGAAUGAAGACUUGGGACGCAUGACGUCGAGCGGGCGGAUAGCGAAACUGGAAGGCGAUCUGGCGUUGCAAAAAAGCUUUAGUGAAGAAGUGAAAAAGUCACAAUCAGAACUGGACGAUUUUAUACAAGAGCUAGACGAGGACGUGGAGGGCAUGCAGAGCACGGUCCUGUACCUGCAGCAGGAGCUGCGGGCGGCGCGGGGAGGCGCGGGCGCGGUGAACGGCGCGCGCGCGUCGCCCGACAAGCGCGCCUACAGCCCGCGCGGCGACGCCGGCGCCGGCGCGCCCGCCGGCAAGCGCCGCCGCGCCUCCGUGCUGUCGCUCGACUACAACGAGGACGAGGAGCCGCUAACCGUGUUAAGAAUAUCUGACGGCAAGCCAACAAACAAAGCGGUUUUCAUCGACGGAGGCAUCCACGCCCGGGAGUGGAUCAGUCCAGCAACCGUCACCUUCUUCAUCAACCAGUUCGCGGAGAACUUCGACGAGGAGUCCGAUGACAUUAAAAACACGGACUGGUAUUUCUUGCCCGUGGUGAACCCUGAUGGUUAUGAGUACACGCACACAACCGACCGGCUAUGGCGGAAAAACAGGAAACCGAGCAACCUGGCCAGAGUGUGCUCGGGGACAGAUCUCAACAGGAACUUUGGAUACCGAUGGGGAGGCAAAGGAGCUUCCAGUAACCCUUGCAGCGAAACCUUCCGAGGCAGGACCGCAUUCUCAGAACCGGAAUCUAAGGCUCUCGCUGAUUUCAUUAAGAGCAGUGGUGCCAACUUCUCGGCAUACCUGACAUACCACAGCUACGGUCAAUACUUGCUGUACCCCUGGGGCUACGACAAUGUGGUGCCUCCAGACUACAAGGACCUAGAUGAAGUCGGCAAAACUAUUGCUAAGGCUAUUGAAGAAACCGGUGGCUCCAAAUACUCAGUAGGAUCAUCCAGUGGCCUCCUGUACCCAGCCUCCGGGGGCUCCGAUGACUGGGCUAAGGCUCAGGGUAUUAAGUACAGUUACACUGUAGAACUGAGUGACACGGGUCGCUAUGGCUUCAUCCUGCCUACAUCAUACAUCAAUCCCGUGGCAAAGGAGUCUUUAGCGGGUCUUCGGGCACUUAUGAAGAUCAUUCAUCAUGGUUAACAUUGCAUUU